AUGGCCUUGGAACCAUCAGCUGACACCCUUCAACAACGCAUUUCAGAGUCGCCCAAUCUUGAACAAGCGAUCAACGACAUUCAGCGUGACUACAGCUUGUCCAUUGUCCCUGGCAUGGAAGCCAUUUACCCGCUCCUUGACAUUUCUGGUUGUACACGCUUGCAAAUCCAUACAGCUUGUCUACAAGCAAUCAACAAUGCUGCCGUUACACGCAUUCUCAGUCCUGAUUUUGGUCUUGCCGAUUUCGAGCGCGUAUUUGACAAGGCCAUGUCCUAUAUCGACUAUCCUGAACUUCAGACGAUCCCCAUGACCCUGCUUAGGAAGUUUGUAUCCGACAUCAAACAAGAAACGCUUGACCAACUCAAAGACAAUCCAAAGGUGUUCCAGAAUUGCCCACUCAAGAUCAAGCAACGUAUUUGGAAACAAGAUGAGGCCUUCUUUCAAAGUCAGGUGUUGGAGCUGCUUAAUGAGUAUCAUCACGAUGAGGAUUUACAACGACUGGCUAUGAAUUUGCGCCCUGAUAGCUAUCAAGAGCUACUCACAGAGAGACGCAAUCAUCCUCAUAUGCAGAAAAUGAUGCAAAUCAUCAACGGCGAUCCCAAGCUAUAUGACAUGUUCAUCAAGACUUUGAAGAUUGUGUUUGAAUCCACGCCCUAUCCUAGCCUUUGUUCGAUUCGUGUGGAUAUCCUUAUGAACUACCAUGACAAUGACUUUUCAGAGAUAUACGACGAAGAUCCAUGCCAUCAAUUGAUUUGGUCCCUUGACACUUGCGUGCGUACACAAAAUAUGGAUGAAGUGAUUAUUGAAAAGAUCAAGGAAUGCUUUGACGAUGUUAGUAAUGGUACACCUCUUUACACCGACUUUGCCAUGGUGAUUAUGGAUCCAGCUAUAUCCAACUUUUUAUCCCAGUGCGUUGUGAAAUGGUUGAGAACCAGUGUGGAUGAAGGAGCACCGGAGAAUUUGGAGCAGCUGAUCAACUACAAUGCCAAACUGCUCAACUUGGCUGAACACGCUCCUAUGGCAGCAAAGACGCAUCAAAGAAUACCAAAGCUGGAUAAGGAUCUGCGUAGUCGAUUCUGGAAUGCCAUGUGUCGCAUCAUUGUCGAGGAAAACAACCCACGUGCAACCAUAGGCACCCAUGAAUCAGAGGUCAUUACGGAUAUGUUACAAAAGAGCGAGAUUGCACGCAAGUCCUUUGUGCAUUAUUGUACGGAUCGUGCCUAUGAGGGCGAUGUUGCAACAUUACAACGAUGUUUACCCUUUGUCUUGGCAUCCUUGCCAUCAUCAUCAGCCGCGGCAUCCAACACUGAUACGAAUGAUCACAGCACUGCAGUACACAUUUUCACCUACGAGAGCUUUAUUGAUACGUUCAUCAACAUCCUUGCCAAGAAAUGGCUCUUGAAUUGUAUCAAGGAUCCUCAAUGGCGUCAACCUGUCAUGGACAACUUUUUAUUACAAGUCGUGCGUUGGAACACAUUGGCUCACAAACAAGUGGUGUUACUGCUCGCUGAAUACUUUUUGCAUGCGAAAUUCCUGAAUCAAUUGAAUGAAAAGGUCGCGUUGAUCGCAGAGUGGGCUGAUUAUGCAUGUGAACAUGGUGCCAAAGAUAGCAAGCACAUGGAAGACUUGCAUAAUGCAUAUGAAUCAUUAUUGACAAGAUCAGAAACGGUGCAAGAAGGUCAAUUCCGUAUUGGUCCACCCACUGUGAAGCAAUUUGUGCGAGGACAUUUAUAA